CUGAGCUACCGCGUCUACAAAAGAAGCUAACUAUCUCGCUUGCAUUGCAUCCUCAUGCUUGUCAAACAUCUAACCAGCUAGAUCGACAUACCAGAUGGAUCAGGGUUCAUCGUCUGGGACUGGCGAUGAAGCCAGCUCCAAGCUACAACUGAAAGCCUACAUCGAGCAGCAGGAAGGGCACACUGCACAUUGCAUCCCUGUGAUGGUAAGCAUCACGGCGCCGUCGGGGAAGCUGCACUCACCGGUGGACCUCGUCGUCGUGCUCAACGUCCAGGAUAAACAGAUGAAGCGGCAGAAACUUCUUGUGGAUGCCGUGAAGGUGGUCAUCGACAAGCUUGAUGGCGAGGCCGACAGCCGCCUCGCUAUCGUCUGCGACCGGUCUACCGUUUUGCCGAUGACCACGGGAAACAGGGUCAAAUUGGCCCCCGAGGCGGUAACUGUGCACUACAAGAAACUGGGAUACACUUCCACAUCAAUGGUACGAGCUUUGGCAACGGCGGAAAAGGUAAAUACGCGCAUAUAUCCUAGUAUAUAUCAAUUUUGUUGA